CUUCACACAACAGCAGCAGGUUAGACAGUUGAACUGAACAACUUAGUGUUGAUGCAGGUAUGGGGGUCGAUGACCUUACACCCCCCCAAUAAUCAAAGCAUCCAUUAACCCCUUCACUGCAAAACCCCGUUUCCAGGGGCAGCCCAGGGAGGCUGUGAAGGUUUUACACUGAAGAGGAAGAAAGAGGACAGAUCUUCAAAAAUGAACAGCCUGGGAUUUGAUGAAAGUUCUUUGGAUCAGCUGGACCCUUCUCUGUCCCUGCAUGAGUCCAGUGACAUAGACACUGCACUGCUUAAUGACAUUGAUGAUAUGCUUCAACUCAUUCACAAUCAGGACAGUGAUUUUCCUGGGUUAUUUGAUUCCCCUUUUGGCACAGUCAGUGCCCCUCUACAAGAUGUUGGUAGCUCUGCAGAGCUCCCUGGAGGUGCAUCCAUGAACUCCCUGGAGGGCUUGCUGUCAGCUCCCACUCCUUCAGUCCCCAUGAAGAUGUAUCAGCUUCCAAUCACUGGAUUCCAAGGAUCACAAUCUACCGGUACCUCACAGGACAAGCUUGGGCAGCCCUCCAAUCAAACACCACAGAAGAAUGUAAAGGAGGAGCCCAUGCAGAUCUGCUCUGCUCCUCCAAUGCCAUCUGCUAAACUUCAGCCUGCUCCGCAGAACUUACAAAACAUGAUGUUUGGGCAAACAUUCAUGGCUCAAGCCCAGCCUACAAUAAAUGUGCAAACUGUGGUGGGAGGAUACCAAGAGCCUGUGGCUUACUCAGUCCCGCAGAGCGUUGCUGCCUCACAGAACAUUGUGAGCCAACCAAUUCAGAAUGUCGUUGGGCAGCAGAUGCAGAAUGUCACUGGGCAGCAGAUGCAGAAUGUCACUGGGCAGCAGAUGCAGAGUGUCACAGGACAGCAGUUGCAGAAUAUCUCAGGACCGCAAAUACAGGGUGUCACAGCACAGCCUUUGCAGAGUGUCGCAACUCAACCGUUGCCAAGUGUAACACACUCCUCUACACAAAACCAACAUACCCUUACUGUUCACACUCAGAGCAUCACCCCACAGCAGUUUCUGACUACUGCCAGCACCUCGCCUGUCACCCCCCAAAUCCAGCAGGUCCCGGUUCUCCUGCAGCCUCAUUUUAUUAAAGCUGACUCACUGCUGCUUACUGGAGUUAAAACUUCUGGCAUGACCUCACUGGGUACUACAACAACCAUGCAGACCACGCCACUGCAAAUGCCGACUCUGGUGAGUGGAGGAACCAUAUUGACCACAGUGAUGGUGGACACAGACAAGCUGCCUAUCAAUCGUAUUACUGCCAGUGGCAAAAUGGCAAUGCUGAAUGGCAAAGGAGAAAAGCGCACAGCACACAACGCCAUAGAAAAGCGCUACAGAUCAUCAAUUAAUGACAAAAUUAUAGAACUCAAAGAUCUGGUGGUUGGAACAGAAGCAAAGCUAAAUAAGUCAGCCAUUUUGAAGAAGACGAUUGACUACAUCCGCUUUCUUCAACAAAAUAACCUGAAACUUAAACAGGAAAAUAUGAUGCUGAAAAUGGCUGCUCAAAAGAAUAAUACCUUGAAGGACCUUGUGGCCGGAACUACGGGUACAAUGGAUGGAGUUAAAACUGAGAUGAUGGAUGUGUUAACCCCUCCACCCUCAGACAUGGGAUCCCCUUCACACAGUGGCAGUCCUCUAUCCCAGUGCAGCAGUGACUCCGAGCCAGAGAGCCCAUACUGCGAGGAAGCUAAGGUCAAAGUUAAGCAGGAGCUUCCCUCUACACCUAACUCAGGGAUGCUGGAUCGUUCACGUAUGGCCCUAUGUGCCUUUGUGUUCCUCUGCCUCUCUUUCAACCCCUUGUCUUUCCUGAUGGCUAGCUCUAGAAGCCAUGAGACGAUAGACAGUGGUACGUUCCACAGCAGCGGCAGGAGCAUGCUGGAAGUCGGAUCCUCAGAGCCCUCCUCUUGGUCUAGCUGGCUGGCUCCCUCCCUCUUCCUCUGGCCCAUUAACAUAGGGAUUGUAUUGGCUGUCUUCAUCCGACUAUUCAUUUAUGGCGAACCGAUUACCCGUUUACACUCUGAGUCAUCCGUCCUCUUUUGGUGUCACCGGAAACAAGCAGAUUUUGACCUUUCUCGGGGAGAUUUUGCUCAGGCCUCUCUACAACUCUGGACAGCUCUAAAAGCUUUAGGAAGACCCCUCCCCACCUCCAACCUAGAUCUGAUCUGCAGCGUGAUGUGGUCUUUGAUCCGCUAUGUACUGCAACGGUUGUGGGUGGGACGCUGGCUGGCAGCAAGAGCUGGGGGUUUCCGCAGUGACCACCAACUGAAGGAUGAUGUGCGGAAAGGCUGCAGAGACGCUGCUCUAGUGUAUCAUCGCUUGCAUCAGCUGCACAUGACAGGAAAACAUGCAAGCGGCCAUCUGUCUGCUAUAAAUAUGGCACUGAGUGCUGUCAAUCUGGCAGAAUGUGCUGGAGACACCAUCUCGGUGGCAACACUGGCAGAGAUUUAUGUCGGAGCAGCUCUGCGUGUCAAGGCCAGUCUGCACCGCAGAUUUCACUUCCUGGCGCGCUUCUUCCUGUCCAGCGCUCGUCAAGUGUGCCUGGCACAGAGUGUGACUAUACCCCCUGCCAUGCAGUGGCUGUGCCAUCCUCUGGGACAUCGCUUUUUUGUGGAUGGAGAUUGGAGCGUAAGGAGCUCUCCCCGUGACAGUAUCUACAGCACAGCAGGAAGUACAGUGGACCCUUUGGCUCAGGUGACACAGGCAUUCCGGGAGCAUCUUCUGGAGAAGGCUUUGUAUUGUGUGGCUCAGCCAGAGCAGAGCAAACCCAUGGCCGAGGGAGAAGGGGAAUUUUCAGACGCUCUGGAAUACCUGCAGCUGCUGAAUGGAUGCUCUGAUGCCGCAUCUGUUCCUAAUCACACCUUCUCCAUUAGCUCCAGCAUGGCUGCUGUCACAGGAACAGAUCCAGUCGCCAAGUGGUGGGCAUCAAUCAUCAUUGUUGCUAUAAACUGGCUGCAGGGUGACGAUGAAGCUGCGCAGCGGCUGUACCCAGUGGUGGAAUAUAUGCCUAAAGCACUGCACACAUCAGAAAAUCCUUUGCCCAAAGCUGCACUUUACGUCUUCAAAGCUGUGAGAACUCUGCUAGGAAAGCAGGACAGCAUUCAGGUCAGCUUAAGCCAGUGUGAGAAAGCAAGCGGUUACCUCCGAGACAGCCUUAACUCCAGCCCAUCAACUAACAGCAACAUGGAUAAGGCAGUACAGCUUCUAAUGUGUGACCUCUUACUGGUAACCAGAACAAAUCUCUGGCAGCAACAACAGCAGAUCUCUACUGCGCAGCAACAGAACAUUGGGCAUCCAGCGCCCCCGCACGAACUCAGGGGAUUUCAAUUAGAUCUGAGCAGUCUACGGAGACUGGCUCAGUCCUUCCGCCCCGCCAUGCGCAGGGUUUUCCUGCAUGAAGCUACUGCAAGACUAAUGGCAGGAGCCAGCCCCGCUCGAACACAUCAACUGCUGGACCGGAGUCUGCGCAGGAGGGUGGCCCAGUCUAGCAAAGAAGGCACUGAAGAGAUGAGUCCCACUGCUCGGGAGCAUGCCGAAGCGCUUCUCCUGGCCUGCCGCUACCUGCCACCAUCCUUUCUGUCGGCCCCAGGACAGCGAGUGGGCAUGCUAGCUGAGGCCGUUCGCACAUUAGAGAUGUUGGGGGACAAACGUACCCUGCAGGACUGCCAGCAAUUUAUCUUGACCUUGGGCAGUGGAACUACAGUCACAUCUACCUAGAAAAAUAUGCUCUUGCUACCCCCCCCCCCCCACUCCUGCCUAUCCAUCUCCUUUUCUGCAAUCUACAUAUCCCCUGGAAAAAAAUUGUAACCUACAGGAGAUCUGAACUACCUUUAAAAGGAGGUCUGCUUUGUAAUGUGAUGGUACAACUGUUGGACAUAUAGAGGAAGCACAAAUCAAAUGGAAACUGCUGCUGACUGGAAGCACGAGGCGCUACAAUACCUCGUUUCAUUAGUUCACAAGUUGCUUAUAAGAAUAAAGUGAUAGUAAACACUAGCUAAUUAAAUCAUACAAUCAUUUUAGUGAGCACAAUAUGUACAUUACUUUUCUUUUUUCAAAAUGUUUUGUCAGACAUUACAUUAAUAUAUGUUUUCCUUAUCUGUAACCCCCCCAUCCUGAUCCCCCCCCCCGUACUAAGUGCUAUUUAAAAAAUAAAUAAAUAAAAAAUGAUGUCAUGGGCGGCAACAGCAUUACCGUCCUCUUUACUGCUAAGGACAAAUUGAACAUUAAUGCGGUUGGUAUAGGAUUCUCUUUAGGACAAACUGUGUGCGCGCAGUUUGUCCAUCUUCUUUCUGGAGAGACACAGGUGCGAUCUUAAAUUGGCAGUUAUAAAGAGGACAGAACAUUGUCCCUUUAAAAAAAAAAGCUUAGUACGGGGUGGCCAGAGGGAUAGCGUUUACAGUAAGGAAAAUGUACUUUAAUAUAAACUUUUACAAAACCAAUUGAAAGAAAAAAAAAACAUGCACAUAUUGUGAUUUUCUUUUACUUAAAGGGACAUUAAACCCAAUUUUUUUCUUUAAUGAUUCAGAUGGAGCAUGCAAUUUUAAGUAACUUUCUCAUUUACUCCUAUUAUCAAUUUUUCAUCGUUCUCUUGCUAUUUUUAUUUAAAAAUCAGGAAUGUAAAGCUUAAGAGCCGGUCCAUUUUUGGUAAAAAACCUUUGUUUCGCUUGCUUAUUGGUGGCUAAAUGUAGCCACCAAUAAGCAAGUACUAUCCAGGCUGUUGAACCUAAAAUGGGCUGGCUCCUAAGCUUUACAUUCCUGCUUUUUAAAUAAAGAUAGCAAGGGAAUGAAGAAAAUUUGAUCAUAGGAGUAAAUUAGAAAGUUGCUUAAAAUUGCAUGCUCUAUCUGAAUCAUGAAAUAAAAAAAUUGGGUUUAGUGUCCCUUAAAACACCAUACAAACCUUAUCCCCACUAAUAGCACAUAUGCACUCUGCAUACACAAACACAAUUAUACCUUAUCAAUGUCAGUAUUUCCCUCCAGUCCUUUUGACCCCUGUGUCCCACUGAGUGUUACAAUGUGCCUCAUUUGAUGAGGCACCGCCGGUAAAAUUGGGAUACGUAGAUGACUGUUAUAAUGUACUAAGCCAGUGCGCCCUUCUGUGAAUGGGUGUUUUAUGCGUAAUGUAUUAUUUAUUAUCUAUAUCAGGUAGAUGAAUUAUUUUGGCAGCACACCAAAGCUGAAGAGCUUGCACUCAAAUUACUAUGGUGAUUGCACCUUCCACACUUCAAAUUAAUAACCAGCAUGGUAUUUCUUUUUUAUCCCUGAUUUAAAAUAGGGAGGUAUGAUCAUUUACCUUUAAUUUUAUUUCCAAAUAAGGUAAAUAAUGGUAUUGGAAUUAUUAUUUUUUGAUGGAAGGUUCAUAUAUAUAUAUAUAUAUAUAUAUAUAUAUAUAUAUAUAUAUAUAUAUAUAUAAUGUGACACCAGGCAGGCAACUAGUAGACUUGUAAGGUGGGGGUACAAUUGUGUAAAUAUUGACUGCAGGGAAUACUCUCGAUUUGUAUUUACUUCUCUUUUCAUACUUUAUUUUCCUAGUUCUUAAACACUUUUUUUGUACAGAGGAUUUAUUAAGAAAUAUUUAUAAUUUGCUUUUGUAAGGAAAAAAAUAAAUAAAGUAGUUUGGUCUAUGCAGAA